GGUCGCGGCGGGCAGGGAGGAUGCAGCAAUUGCAGCCCGAGCAGCGGAGCCCGGUCGCCGAGCUCCCCGGCCCCCGCAACCGCGGUGGGGCGCAGCGCGCGCCACGGACCGGGCGGAGCUAGAGGCGGGCGUCUGCACAGUAUCGCGCCACCCGCGGCUCCCCGCCUUCGGCCGGGUUCGGGAGCCCGUCGCUGCCGAUGCCCUGACGGUGGGCGCAGCUGCGUGGCUGGCGAGGCGUCGCGCGUGGGGAGAGGCCUAAGACACCCCGACUGCGGCGGCUGCGCCCACGCGAUCGGGUCGCGGGGCCCCGCGGGCGCGCGCCUCGGAGCUCCCGCCUCCUCCCCUUGCUCCUCCUUGGCGUACGGUCCUCCCCUGACCCCUCCUUCCACCCGCCGAGAGGAUGCGCUCCCCGGCGCCCAGCAGCAGAGGCCACCGCUGCCAGAAAUGCAUGCGUCUGAUCCCCUUCUCCCGGAUCCUAGGAGCCGGCGCCCCCGCCCUGUAGGGUUAUGACUCACUAUUAAAAAGAGGGACUUUUUCCAAACACUUUGCACUUUUGAUUGUGUAUUAUGGAUACCAAGGAAGAGAAGAAGGAACGGAAACAAAGUUAUUUUGCUCGUUUGAAAAAGAAAAAACAAGCCAAACAAAAUGCAGAGACAGCCUCAGCUAUAGCUACAAGGACUCAUACUGGGAAGGAAGAUGCCAAUACAGUAGUUUUAGAGCCAGACAAGUACAACAUUGCUGUGGAAGAGGAAUAUAUGACUGAUGAGAAGAAAAAGAGAAAAAGUAAUCAGUUAAAGGAGAUCAGGCGUACAGAACUAAAGAGAUAUUAUAGUAUUGAUGACAAUCAAAACAAAACACAUGAUAAAAAAGAGAAGAAGAUGGUGGUUCAGAAGCCCCAUGGGACUAUGGAAUACACUGCUGGAAACCAGGACACCCUAAACUCCAUAGCACUGAAAUUUAACAUCACUCCCAAUAAAUUGGUGGAACUGAAUAAACUUUUCACACAUACUAUUGUUCCAGGCCAGGUCCUUUUUGUGCCAGAUGCCAACUCUCCUUCCAGUACCUUAAGGCUAUCAUCAUCCAGUCCUGGUGCUACUGUCUCUCCUUCAUCAUCAGAUGCAGAAUAUGAUAAACUGCCUGAUGCUGACUUAGCACGAAAGGCCUUAAAACCCAUUGAAAGAGUCUUAUCAUCUACUUCUGAAGAAGACGAGCCAGGUGUGGUGAAAUUUUUAAAAAUGAAUUGUCGAUACUUCACCGAUGGAAAGGGUGUGGUUGGCGGUGUCAUGAUUGUGACUCCUAACAACAUCAUGUUUGACCCUCAUAAGUCUGAUCCUCUGGUUAUUGAAAAUGGGUGUGAGGAGUAUGGUCUCAUCUGCCCCAUGGAAGAGGUGGUUUCCAUUGCGCUCUACAAUGACAUUUCUCACAUGAAGAUCAAAGAUGCCUUACCAUCUGACCUACCUCAGGAUCUUUGUCCUCUGUACAGGCCUGGAGAAUGGGAAGACCUGGCUUCAGAAAAGGAUAUCAACCCAUUCAGUAAGUUCAAAUCUAUCAACAAGGAAAAACGACAGCAGAAUGGAGAGAAAACCAUGACUUCGGAUUCCAGACCAACAGUACCUUUGGAGAAGUCCACAGAACACACACCUACAAAGCCCUCAGGCAGCUCUGUGUCAGAGAAAUUAAAGAAACUGGAAUCCUCUAGGGAGACAUCCCAUGGCUCUUCCACAGUGACUAAGCUUAGCAAGGAACCUUCCAACACUUCUGCUGCAUUUGAAUCUACAGCCAAAGAAAACUUUCUAGGGGAAGAUGAUGAUUUUGUUGACUUGGAAGAACUUUCUUCUCAAACUGAUGGUGGAAUGGACAAAAAAGACACCUCAAAGGAGUGCCUUUCUCUUGCCCCAGAGGAACGAAAGAAGGUUGAGUCACAAAUAAACAAUUCAGCCGUGGAAAUGCAGAUGCAGUCUGCUCUAGCCUUUUUGGGAGCAGAAAAUGAUGUUGAACUGAAGGGGGCGCUAGAUUUAGAAACCUGUGAGAAGCAAGAUAUAAUGCCAGAAGUGGACAAGCAGUCUGGUUCACCAGAAAGCUGGGUGGAAAACACACUGAACAUACAUGAAGAUCUAGAUAAAGUUAAACUCAUUGAAUAUUACCUAAAUAAGAACAAAGAAGGGUCACAGGUAUCUGAAAAUUUGCAGAAAACAGAAUUAAGUGAUGGAAAAAGUAUUGAACCAGGGGGAAUAGACAUUACCCUUAGUAGUUCUCUUUCCCAGGCAGGCAAUCCCCUAACUGAGGGCAAUAAAGAGCCAGAUAAGACCUGUGUGAAAGAGAGAGAGCCCCUCCCAGUAAAACUGAACUCUUCUACAGAAGAAAAUGUGAUUAAAGAGGCUCUAGACUCCUCUUUGGAAUCUACUCUGGACAACAGCUGUCAAGGUGCACAAAUGGAUAAUAAAUCUGAAGUUCAGUUGUGGCUGUUAAAGAGAAUUCAGGUACCCAUUGAAGCAGAAAAAAGCAAGACCCCACCCAUGUUCCUGUGCAUCAAAGUGGGAAAACCAAUGAGAAAAUCUUUUGCCACUCACACUGCAGCCAUGGUCCAGCAGUACGGCAAACGGAGAAAGCAGCCAGAGUACUGGUUUGCUGUUCCUCGGGAGAGGGUGGAUCAUUUGUACACAUUCUUUGUUCAGUGGUCUCCUGAUGUGUAUGGGAAAGAUGCCAAAGAGCAAGGCUUUGUGGUGGUGGAGAAGGAAGAACUGAACAUGAUUGACAACUUCUUCAGUGAGCCAACAACCAAAAGCUGGGAGAUCAUCACUGUUGAGGAGGCAAAGCGCAGGAAGAGCACGUGCAGCUACUAUGAAGAUGAGGAUGAGGAGGUGCUGCCUGUCCUACGGCCCCACAGUGCGCUCCUGGAGAAUAUGCACAUCGAGCAGCUGGCCCGACGCCUUCCUGCAAGGGUGCAAGGGUAUCCAUGGAGACUGGCCUAUAGCACGUUAGAGCACGGGACCAGCUUGAAGACGCUCUACCGGAAAUCGGCAUCACUAGACAGUCCUGUCCUAUUGGUCAUCAAAGAUAUGGAUAAUCAGAUUUUUGGAGCAUAUGCAACUCAUCCUUUCAAGUUCAGUGACCACUAUUAUGGCACAGGCGAAACUUUUCUAUACACAUUCAGCCCACAUUUCAAGGUCUUUAAGUGGAGUGGAGAAAAUUCGUAUUUUAUCAAUGGAGACAUAAGUUCUUUAGAACUUGGUGGUGGAGGGGGACGAUUUGGUUUAUGGCUAGAUGCUGAUUUAUACCAUGGACGAAGCAACUCUUGCAGCACUUUCAAUAAUGAUAUUCUUUCCAAAAAGGAAGACUUCAUAGUUCAGGAUCUGGAGGUGUGGGCAUUUGAGUGAAAUUCAGACUGCCUUAAAAUAUAACAUUUAAAAGACUGGGUUUGACCAGCCCUCCUAAAGCUGGCUGGAAAAAGAAGCCCCAGCCCAGGCUGCCUCAUCCCACCCCAAUGCUUCCCUUUUGCCAUCAUCUCAGAGCAUGAUCACAUUGCAGAAAGAUUCUGGAAGGUCCACAUGGAGGGCAGACAUUGAAGAAAGAAACUUAAAAUCCAGGUUGUUGAAAAGACUGUACGUCCACUUCCUUCAAAUCCAUACAGUGAGGAAUCAGAGUGUUUAUGGAUAUAUGAGUUGAAUGCAAUUUUUAUUUUUGGUAACUGUGAAAAAAAAGAUACUGUGGAUAUAUACAUGCCUUGUGUAUUUAUCAGCAUAAUUUUCAUUACCAAAAUGUAUAGCUAUUAUUUGCCAUGGAAAAAGUUAGUCUCAUUUAGAAAAAUUGUAAGUGCACAGCACUUAAAGGGAAUAUAUGAGGUUUUUUUUUUUAAAAAAAAAAAACUUUUAUUUAUUAUUUGUAGUGUAUUGUCUGAAAUGUGUCAGCAGUUUUUUUUUUCUUUUAAUGUGUCAAAUCUUGAAAUAUUAAAUGUAUACAUUUUGUGCUAUGUUUUGGGAACAAAUCUGUUUGAUUUAUAUAGUUUUAUAUUGAAUUUUUUUUUGCCCUGAUUGUUUAGGGUGAUAGGUCUUAAGCAGCAUAUAUCUAUGUAUCUGUAUGUGGAUAUAUAAAGAUAUAUGUGUGUGUGUAUGUAUAUGUACAUAUACAUAUAUAUGAGUGUAUAAUUCUAAAUUUAUAAAAACUCAUUAUGAAUAUUCAUCAAUUUGACUAUUAUAGGCCAGCUUUCCAUUUAGUCAAUAAAAGGGUACAUUUUUAGUUACUUACCUUGAACAUAUUCGUGUGAAAAAGAAUACAUCAUUUCUCACAGUCUUAAGUUGAUAUUUAUAGAAAUGAACACCUUUGUGAACGUAGACUUAGAACAAAUCCUGCUUUUGAAAAAAAAAAUGUUUUGCUUCUUAUAAAAUCAUGUGUGUUAAUAACAAAAAUUUUAUUUUCGGAAUGUUCUUUGUAUAACUAUUCCAAGCUUUUACAUUAACGAGCAGGCCUCUGUCUUAAAAGAGACUCAGUAUAUUACUUUCUGCAUUUUUAAAAUCAAAUGAAAAAUGUCAAAUUGGA